AUCUCUGCAGGAACAUGAACGCUCUGUGACUGAAGCCGUCAAUGCACAAUGUGCACCAGCCCGAGAUAUACCAAUCCAGAUUCGUAAUCAGAACCGUGUUCGUGUUUUUUAACGAAACCGUGACCACACCUUCGACCACCACUUCCGGUUGCCUCUGUCAACCAAACGCGAAUAACACCGACGCGUGAUUGAACGGGGAGAAACUUUACCAAAAGUGAUUUUCGUGAACGAGAGCUGUAGGUGGAAAGAGACCAUGGGGAAACCGCUGGAAGGAACGAUAGAAAAAGUGUAUUUGCACAUUCCAAUCUUGAAAUUUGCAGUGGUUACCGUCUCGCUGCCAGCUUUUGCCCUCCUUUUCUGUUUCGUGACAGCAUAUCUGUUCCGCUUCGACGAUGUCAACGACACACAGUGUAAUGUAACUAAUUUCAUCCCAUCCAUUAGUGCUGUGACAGGCAUCACCCCCCAGAGUUACUUGUGGAGGAUAUGUGUUGCCCUCCACUCCACACCACGCUUUGCAGUGGCCGUUAUAUACUACAACCUGUACAAGAACCUCACAAAUGUUGUCAGUAAACAGUACCGGGGACUGUACCUCAAACUUAUAGGACUCAAUUACUGGCUGAACUUUAUAGAAAACUCAACACUUGUCGGUGUAACGUAUAUCUCCAACAGAGACAACUAUCCUAUUCACGAGAAGUUGUUCGUAGUGUUCAUGACAGCAUCACUGUGCUACAUGCUGUUGAACACCAUCAUAUUCAGGUGGACGAGGACAUCAGAGAAGUUUUCUGAUGAUGAGGAAAUCUCCUACAAGCUGAAGAAGAUCAUGUUUGCUCUUAACUUCCUUUCUACGAUGGGCCUGCUGUACUUUUUCGCUCUUCAUCGUCUGUAUUGUCAGCCAACAGCCUUCAGCUACUUCUCACUGUGUGAAUAUGUCAUCGGCUACACCAACAUGACCUACCAUAUAUCAGCGUACUGGGACUUCAAGGGCAUGUCCUUCCUGGCGGGCACGCUGGGGAUACAACACACUAACGGCACCGUCCUCAACAAUAACAACAACAACAACAACAAGAAGAGGAGAUAGGAUCAUCACAGCUACUCCUACUCAAAUCAUUGUCACAUUACCUAUCAUAGUCCUUUAUUUACAUGGAAGUUUGUUUAUCAAUAGGAAUGGGUGUUUUAGUUGCUCACUCUUACAGUGUUCUAUCCAUGAAUCCUGAUUUUGUAUUUUGAGUAAUUGUGGACUUGUUCCCAAAUUAGGAAAACAUUAUCUUCUUCUCUAAAAGGGAUUCAGUAGUCAUUACAAAACAAAGUGACAUUAGAGUUAUUUUAGUUUUCUAUAAAAAUACAGAAAGAAGACUGAAAUUGUGUUCAGCAUACACGUUCUACUGCAAAUUGUCUUUUGAUUUUGAUAUGGGGUAAGGCCAUGAUAAAUUAAUUAAAAGAUUUUCACCUCCACCCACCUCUCUGCCAAACACCCCACCUCAAGUCUUCAUAUUGUCCACGAGUACCUAAAGUUAAAGAAAUUUGCUGCUACCAAAAAGUCAUGCUUCAUAUCAAGUUCAGCCAUCACCAGUUUUUACACACAGAUGUUGUGAACAGUUCAAGUUUCUUCCUGCCUCACAUUUUUGAAAAUGAAAAUCUUUUAGUAAAUUUAUUGUGGCCAAACUGCCCAUUUUUUAGUAAGAAUUAAGAUUAAGAUGAGCAAUAAAUUAUGAAGAUAUGUAUCGUUCACAACAAUUUAAGCAUCCACACAUGCAUUGGGAUUCAAAAGCUACAUCCCAUGAAUCCUUGCAAUAGAAUGAUGUGUUUUCAGUUAUAGUUCACGUAAUGCAAACACACUUGUAGUCAACAUUUUAGAAUUGUCCAGAAAAUAGGAGACACUUUAGGUUAUGCUGUCACUGUUGCCAUUCAUGUAACAUAAAUGCUCAGGGCUCUUAUUAGAUCAAGUACCACAUGACAUUUUCUGCAUGUUAAUUGUUACGGUAUUUGUGACAGUGUAUUUGGAUUGUUGUGAAAGUCAGAUUUUUUUCGUUUGACUCACAUACUGUUUGUUACUUUUUGUAACAGCUCAUAUGAUCUUACGAAUGUUACAGACGUUUGUUCACACAUCAUAACAGUAUCACACAUUUAUCACAGUACAAUCAGUGUAUAUAGAUCAAAUAUUUAUGGCAAUUUCAUUCACAUCCUAUUAACCAGUGAUUAAUUAUAAUUGUGGGAACUGUCAGUCAACAUGCAUAUAGAUGCUCUUCAUCGUUCAUGAUACACCCCAAAAAUUGAAAAUACUUAUGGAUAGAUAUAUUGUAGCAAUGGUUAAGUUGAUAAUAAAUUUGUUGUCAACUUUCAGCAUUGUUCAAUACUUUGAACAAAAGAGAUAUUAGUCAUUGUUACCUUCUUCUAUUAUGGUGGUGUUUUUAAUAUUGAAAAUUUCAAAUAUUGGUCAGUCUGAUGUAUUAGAAGUCAUCAGUAUUGAAAGUCAUAGCAAUAUGUUUCAUAUUGAAUAUUUUCAGGUAGGUUUUCAUUGUUAACUUUGUAUUUAUGCUUAUAUAUAGAUGUGUCAUUACAGCAAGAGCUGCCUACACCUUGACUUGAAUGUAGGAAAAACAGAAAAAAAACGAAAUGUAAGAACAGAAAAAACACUGGGUGUUGAUUAUAAAUGUUCAGAAUCCACCAAAAUGAUAUGCAUGUCAUUUGAGUUUUGACAACCCUGAUGACUUUAAACCACAUUCUCAUACCCUUUUCUAGGUCUAAUGAGUUAAUGAGGUGUCUGUGGGCAACCUUUCAUUAUUGAGGUCACAGUUAUACCCAGUCAAUUUUAUAGAAAAGUGGGAUUUCACAAACUGCUAGACUGAUGUGGGUUGAACUACUGUUGCAACAACAGACUUGGUUAGCACUACUGUUACAACAAAAUAAGAUGUAUUUAGCUGGUCCAUGAACACUUUGUGAGGUAAUUGGUGCAGCACUCCCUCAUUUUCUUUUGCAGCAGCCAUUGUCAGGGGGAACAAGAAAUUAACCUGCAGAAAGGGAUAGGAGUCUGAGUUUGAAAGAGUGUUCGUGUUUAAUUUGAAAAAGUAACAGUUAAAUAAGUUCAGUGAAGAGUUGGUACUUUACUCCAUCCUACCAUAGUAGUGGCAUGACUGGCAACUUCCCUGCAUUUUUCAUAAUUUUUAAGAAUUUGCAACUAAAUAUAAAAACAUGAUUUCUGCAGUAAUUUAUGCAAAGUAUAUGCCAAUUGACAAAAUGAAUUCUCACUAAAUGAAAGAGAGGUUUGUUAUGCUAUCAAUGUAUCUUGUUUAUCAACUGCUAUGAAAUCUAUUUAUACAGUUGUAUAUGACUAAUCGACACAAACCACUUGUAUUAUCAGAAUUUGCUGUAGUUGGAUAAUACUAAGCAGUUGAAAUAUUGAGUUUCAGAAUCAAGAUUCUGUAGAUGAUUCAUCAUGUCAGAAUUAAGUGACCUGACCAAAUACUCCUAAACAAACACUAACUGUAAUUUGGGGAAGUUGACAGCUAUGAGUAGGGUUCCAACUGGCCAUGCAGGAAUAUACAUGUACAAGAAAAUCAGGGAGUUGUUUCCAUGUUACUUAUACCACAGCAUUAAUCAAAAUAUCAAGAGACAAGACUCUGUAGUCUGGGAGUGUGUAGAGAAUGGAGAGCAUAAUAUGGCCAGAUCCACUGUAUUGCAAAGAUGUUUAUCUGAAAAUAUCUCUGUGACAUGUUUGUCUAAAAUUAGACAUCAAACCUCAUGAAAAAUAAUAAUGUUUGUUACACAUUAAACAGUAAUACACCUCUGAAUUAAUAUUGGGGCAGUGGGGUAGCCUAAUUGUUAAAGCGUUGGCUCAUCACGCCGAAGACCCGGUUCCGAAUCCCCACAUGGGCACAAUGUGUGAAGCCCACUUCUGGUGUCCCCGGCCGUGAUGUUGCUGGAAUAUUGCUAAAAGCGGCGUAAAACCAAACUCAGUCAGUCAGUCAGUGAAUUAAUAUCUCUUGUUUCAGUAAAAGGGAGAAAUUGACACCCAUUCUUUCAAACAUUCUCAGAUGAGAUUGAACUGUCUUGGUAUGUUGACUUUUAGAAUAGUUAUAUUCUGAGGCCAGAUGGUUGUACAUAUCACAUCGUAGAUCUCAGUCACUUACAGGCCGACAGCCAAACCAGCAUAAUCAAGCUGCUAGGAACCCACAUGUACAUUUCACUGAAAUAGACAAGUUUUCUGUCAUGUUUAAUCAAGUUCUGCUGUUUUAUUCUUCUUCAUGAUUCAGCUGUUGUAUUAUAUGUUCUAUUAGAUAAAGAGCAAUUUUGAUGAAAGUCAUCCCAGAUUUGUUAACACAGUUUCAAGUGGUCAGUACAUGAAAUAUGUGUUCUGAGGUUUCACAAUAUGAUGUCAGAUAUAUUCAAAUUUUAGAUGAUGUUUCAUAUUUGUUAAAUUUUGAUAGAUUUGCUGUUUUUAUGAAUGUUUAGAAUCAAAAAGUGAAUUUACUAUUAUCAUCAUUUUAUUGCAAUGCCAGAUAAACCGGUCCAGUGAUUGAAUUGCAAUGAUAAUGCGAUCAAAUCUCAAAUUGUGAAGUUACCAAGCAGUGCCCUUUUCUGUUAACAACUACACUUAUUGAUUUGACACAGCUGUUAUAUUUUAUAUAAUCUUUAUGAAUGAAAAUAUUCAAGUCCAAGAAUCAGAGGAUGCCAGUUAUAUUUUGCACUUUUAUUUCCAGAAUUGCACAACAAUUAUAUUGGCCAAUACAACUAGUUUCCACUGAAUAGACAUUGCAUUCAUUUGUGAUUCUUUAGAGAAACCUGCAAGUUAUUGUAAGGUUCUUUGUCCAGUUGUAUUACAACUUACUUAAAGGCAAGGUGCAAUUAAAUACCCAUGAGGAAAGUCAUUGAUAGUUUGUAGUUAACUAUUUUGUCGUAUGAACAUUUGAUGGAAGCUGGACUAGCAAUUCAUUUUAUCUAGUUGUUUGAAAAUAGUUUACCAGAGAAUAAGUGAAAGUAUUACAGAACUAAAUGAGGUUUUUGUCUUUCAACAUAUUUCAAGGUUAGUAUUUCAAUCUGGGCCUAUAAACCACUUCCAUUCUGGUAAAGGAUUCAUUUGCACUAACAUGGUAGGAAAAGUCUGUUUACAAAAAGUACAAACUUACCAUUGUACAGCUGAUUUCAAAUGAAUUUUUUUGCCAACUUCAUGGUAAAGUUUGAAGCAAAGGGAGAUAAUUCCAUCUUCCAACUUAUCUGUCUGUCAACUUUUCUGUGAAUAGGACUGUUCUUUGUUAUGGGCUUACAGUACCUUGACAAAUAUUGUGUUGACAUACAAGUAGAAACCUACAGUCACACAGGUGCCAGACAAUCAUUGCCGAUAGGCACAAACUAUUUAAUUUGUCAAACAAAGUUAGCAUAGCCUCACAAUUGCUGUUGAGUAAUAUAUGCUUUGUGCACGCGGGCAGAUCUUAUGGAGUCACAGAGUUUUGUUUGGGGGAAUGACAAAGUGAGUGCCACACACAGUGAAACUCAUCAUAAGCCCCAGGUUAGUGCAAUAGUGUAGCCUGUUGGUUGCCAUGGGUACAUCUAUAUGCUACCUCAUCUUCAGUUAUUUGUUGGCGACAAGUGUCGAGCUGUCUCUCACCUUGACAUGUAAAUAUUGUCUUGCGAGUUCAUUUAUUGACAUGAUUCAAGAGUCUAGUUUAGAUCUGUAACUUGACAUAAUCCUUAGUGGCUGCAGUUACUAACAACAGAUAAAAUGUGAUGUUCUGUUAACUCUGAAAUGUCUAAUGAAAUUUCGGUUCUCACAUGGUGUGACAAGAAGAUUAUAAUCCUAAACAUCAGGAUUGGGGUAGAGGGUUGAGAUGGAGAUUGUGUCGAGGUCCUGGUGAGAUACGAUGACUAUAUAGUAAUCAUGUACUGUACUGGUAGUAUGUUUUGUCAAAGACGAGUUUCUCUAUCCCAGGAUGCCGAUCAGUCUACUUAGUUAAGAAACAUGGAUUAAUGAACUCCCCACUCCCACAACUAACAAUAUAGUCAGGAAUAUUUAAAGCUCCCUGAUGACAUUCAACUUCCAUGACCUUCUCAAUGGUUUACUCUUCUGCCCCACUAUUCCAUGCUGGGCAGUUAUGUUUGAUGGACAUGUGGAAUAUUGGCAAGAACCUUGUCUACAAAUGACUGAUGAUGACUCUACCUCUUAUGUUUGUAAUAAUAUUUAAUGUUAGUGUUAGAUUGUUUGUGCUGUAGACAUCAUGAUCUUCUGUUAACCAUAUUGGUCACAUCUUGGAGAAAAGGUUUUUACUUUAUUAAACAAUCAAAAAGAUUUGAUAAAAUUUACCUUUUACUGCUUAAAUAUUGUUUGUUGGACGGUUACACAAUGCUAUUUAUAUGAAAAUAUGCUCAAUGCUGUUUCUGCUGAAUUAAUUCUGUAAUUCUAGAGUUCAAGAGUCUUAGCUUUCCCCAAAUUCUUGAAAACAGCAUUUUGCUAUAAUUUUGCACUUUAAACAUGUUUUUGCAACAGUUUAAAAACCCAUCUAAAAGCUCAAUGUAGUUUAUUUUGAGUUUGGUUAUAAAGGUGUAUUGACAAUCCUGAUGGGCAUCAAUGACAGAUUCAGUGUCAUUGCAAGUUGAAUGAAUAGUGGCAUAAAGAUUUCUUGAAUUAAUUAAUUCUGUUUCCUUCAUCACAGAGGCUUCUGUCAAUUCAGAGAAUGAAUUGAACAUUUGAAGCAUUAUUGUUCAGCAUUAAGCUUGGAAGCCUUGUCAUAACCCUUGUGGUCAAUGCUUGAUUCACAUACUAGACCUUGAAACCUCAUGGGCCCCAGAAAGCCCAUCAUUUCAAACACUGUAAGAUAGUUACAGCUGUAGCCCUGAAAAUGGGAUUGUUGGCUUCGAAAGGUCCUUGAAUAUUGUCACUGUGUGGACCUUGUAAACAUCUUCAGUAACUUCUGUAAAUCAUGAAAUUAAUGUCAGGAGAUAUCCUUGGCACAUGUUAAUAUAGUGAUGCAUUUUAGUCUGUACACAGUGUAGCUCACAGGAUCCUUGUCAGCACACCCUAUACUACUAUGUACCCAGGUGCCCUUGUAAGUGUGAAGAGGUGGUUUAGAGGCUUUGUUGGUUCUUAUCGGUCAACUCCAAAGUACCUGGGUACAUAGUACCUACUGGUAAGUAGUGCCAACAGUGAUCCCUUUGACUGGGUUAGCCUUAUUCACAUGUAAUGUACGCUGCACAUAUGUGAUUGCUAUGACAUUUAACAAAACUCAUGAAAGUAUAAUUGUGAGUGAUUUAGACGUCAGAAGUCACGUGUCAGCUUGUUUACACAAGUUAUGACAGUUUCCAACUUUGUCAUUGAUAACCUCUUAUAGUUACAAGACAACCACUUCUACCAUUGUCAACAUGCCCAGUACAGUAACAGCAGUUGUAGGGAAUAUGUAUCACUGCUCACAUACCAGAUAAUUGUGAAACAACAUUAUGAACCAGUACAAUCUACCCCAGUGAGUUUACCUCGUUUAGGGGCGGCGGGGUAGUCUAGUGGUUAAAGCAUUCGCCAUUUCUACACGAAGACCCAAACUCAGGUUCGAAUCCCCCCAUGGGUACAUUGUGUGAAGUCCAUUUCUGGUGUCCCCUGCCGUGAUGUUGCUGGAAUAUUGCUAAAAGCGGCGUAAAACCAUACUCACUCACCUCGUUUAAAUAUGCAUUGUUCCUGCUAUCUGUAUCAUGGCAGUUACAUCACAAGUGUAGCAGUUGAAGUUAGGCUUGUGUGAAUAUUCACUCAAACAGCUGUCACUACUUACUAUAAUUAUAGAUAGUCUUGCUGUUAUCAUUUUGCUGAUUAAUUUGAGUUCAAAGGUAGGGAUAACUAGGUACAUUAAUUUGGUGAUACAUUAAUAUCAUGAUUUACAGCAUGUGAUCUGAAUCUCAUGAACAUAUUCAAAGACAUACUACAAGUGGUUUUAUAAUAAUGCUCUUAUCCCCUCUACUGACAUGUUAAAUAUUACUGUUUUUCCGGGUAGUUGUUGAUGUUUUUGUUUAUUUUUUUGCAUAUUGAUGACAUUUUUGGUUGCAGACACUUUGUACUGUAAUCUUAGUGGAUAGUUUUCAUUUUUUCAUGAGUGAAUUUCAGGUAAAUGUUUGUUGAUUUAGUUAAUUUUGAGUGUAAAUUUCAUAUUUUGUGUUUCCAUAUUGCUCUACAUGCCAUGAUUUUGAUGUUGGCUGAAAGAUUAAUGUAUAGUUAAUCAGAUGUUUGACAUAUGCUCAGAUAUGUUUCAGUUUCAUAAAUGUUGAUUUAUUGUAUUAAAUCAUAGCAGCAUUGUUCAACUUUUCGUCAGUUACCAUCUGCCAGUUGUUAUUUAUUUGAAAGUUGUUGACAUGCCAGUUGUGGGAUAUGUUAACUUUUGGACCACAUCAUCUUCAAAACAUUCUCUAUUAGCAGACUUGGUAGAAACCUCUCCGUCUUGUCAAAAAUAUCUGAUUUUAGUGUGUGAUGUUUAAGCAUUAUGUAAUGUUUCCAUGAACAUUUUGUAAUUGUCAUUUCGGGCAAAUAAUAAAAGUAGAUAUUAAUAUAUGUGAGUAUAGAAAUCACUAUAGAAAGCAUUCACCAGAUGUACCUGAUGAGAGUAACCUCAUGCCUUAUUCAGAAGCUUAGAGAGAAACAGAGCAUUGCUAUGUCGUCUUUGGAGCAUAUGCUUAUGGGCUAUUUAUAUAGAAAUAUGUACUCAGGAUAUGUAGAUAUGUGUCAAGCAUGUUGUAGAAACGUAAGCAAAACACAUCACAGAUCUUGCUCGUGUUGUCAUUGGAUUUGUUUAACGUAUGUGUUUGGUGUGUAUUAUCUCAUGGAUUUUAGAACUUCUAUCAUGAUAUGGAUGGUUCUCGAUGUCAUCACAAAGACAUCAGAAAACAUGAAUCACUGAAAGAGCUAAUGCAGGUCAGAUAGCAGAUAUUACAGUAAUGAUAUGUGGAAUGUCACUAACUUUUUAUAGGCUUGUAUGUGUUCUUAGACAUUGUGUCAGUGCCUCGUGUCUGUCGUCGUCUGAUCAACUUGUAUGUGUUUUGGAAUAUCUUUUCAAAUUUUAGGUUCAGGUGGCUAGCAAACUGAAUGUUUUAAUGUUGACAUUGACAUGGAGUCAGGUUUUAUCGAUGAUGAAGAAUAUUGUAAGCAUGACAGAUCCUUCCUGCAACAAUAAACCACAUUGUAAGAGGAAGCAAGAGCUCUCACAGGAGGCUGAUGAAGCCACGAUGGUCUGGGUGUCCAUGUCAUCUGGCAGUCGGCUCAGACUUGUGCAUCUAGUGUCAAUGUUGUCUUGAAGUAAGCUGGGGCAUUUAACACGUGCUGGUCAUGUUAUCUUGCAGUCAGCUUGGGUUUAAACACCCAGUGUCCAUGUUAUCUUGCAGUCAGCACAAGGCCAUUCUCACCUGGGGUCCAUGUUGUCUUGCGGUAAGCUUAGGCCUUAAACACCCGGUGUCCAUGUGUCUUGCAGUAGCUUUGGGCUUUAAACACCUGGUGUCCAUGUUGUCUUGCAGUCAACACAAAGCCAUGGUCACCUCUUGACAUGUCUUGCGUGUAAGCUUAGGCCUUAAACACCCAGUGUCCAUGUGUCUUGCAGCAGCUUGGGUCAUAAACACCUGGUGUCCAUGUAGUCUUGCAGUGAACUCAGGGCUUUGCACACUUGGUUGUGCUUACUAAUAUCUUCGUUGGUGUGUAUGUAACCUUAGGAUGACUGGUAGCAAGUGGUCUUUAUCCUGAAUUCAGUGAAAAAUCAUUGAUAUCAUUAAUGAGAAAUAAUUGUGGCUUGUAAAAACUUUUGUGACAGUUGUCAUUUGUGUUGUCUCCCUUGCAUACCAGCUGAGACUUCACUGGAAGUGAAAGGAUAGCUUUAUCCCCACGAUGAAGCCCAGAUAGGUGGGUGUGUACUUGAACAUGACAAUAUCAUAAUUGACAAAAUACCAUGAUAAAAUGAAUCAUCGACUUUGUGUGGGUAUUGUGUCUUCCGGUAUUGUGUUGAUUAGCAUCUGUAAAACAAUGUAUUCAGCCUAAAGCGGAACUUGAUACAUUAAAUGACUCAUAUGUUAACAAUUUCUUUCUAGAUCCCUAUGAAUGGUGUUGUUUGGAGAAGGUUGCAGGUAGACUACUGCUGCAGUCCUGUGUAGUCCUUAAUAUGCUGUGUUGGAUUUGUUGAAUUGCCAGUUUGUUUGAAUUUGUUGGCUUCAACAUUAUAUGUCACAAAUACAUUGUAUAUAGUUUUUAUGAAAAAUUGUAUACAUAUUAAGUUUGAGAUUACAAACUGUAAUUGCAUGACAUGUCACGUGAUGUUCAUGAUCACAUGUGACACAUGAUGUGGUCAUGAAUGUCCGAAAUUAGAAAGUAAUGUUUAAGAACUUGUUACUGUAAGAUCUAUUCAGAACAAAAUGACUUAACUUACAGGACAUCUAUAAUUGGUCAUUCAAUUUCGAAGUGAAAAAGCAUUCAUUGGCAGAAGAUUUCUUAACAUUAGAAAUUAAUGUUUUAGAACUUGUUACUUUAAAAUCUAUUCAGAACAAAAUGACUUAACUUACAGGACAUCUAUAUUUGGUCAUUCAAUUUCUAGGUGAAAAGGCAUUCAUUAGCAUAAGAUUUCUUCCUGUCUUCAGCUGUGACAACGCAAGACCUGUGUCGACCUGUGUUUGUAUUGUGCUGGUGAUAGUGUUGAGGACACACCGCUGCCGUCCGUCGGGUUUUGUACUGAUUGUCCUGCCUUAUUAUCUGUUGUACCUUCUGCAGAGAUUGUCCACAUCUACUUGGAGCAGAUAUAGAAACUUGUGAUAUUUGUUGACAAUACUUCACUGAGAUGGAGAAAUUUGCAGGUUGUCGACUAUGGAGAUGCUACUUGGAAAACGCUGAAAGCAUUCAGUAUAUUUUUAUUGAACAGAUUCCAGUUCCUUUUCAUCUGGAAAGAAAUAGUUUUUCAGUGUGAAUGAACCUGAUGUAGUAACUAUUUAGAUACAGCAGAAAUGUCAAUGUUACACUAUCAAAUGAUACACGUGUGAAUAAUGUUCAGUUUAUAAAGUUUCUGUAAUUAAUUGAACUUUAGGCAUUUAUUGCAAUUCUAUGAAGAAAUAUAUGGUUAGUAGCGGUGGAUACAAAAUUUAACUUCUCAGCAUCAAUUCAGAAACCUUUUUGUAUUGUUGUUUUUUAACUUGAGAUGUAGUGUGAAACUGGUGCUCCGUGGACAUUUUGUAUUGUUUGACCAGCAGUGUUGCCUGGCCCUGUCCAGAUGUUUGACUGUUUUAUGGUUGAUGUGAUGGAUUUGACUUCGUAUUCUUUCCACAGUGAUAACAUAUUUUGGAUUUGAGUAGUUUACGGUUAAAUAUGCAUAGUUUAUUGUUUACACAUUAGUUUAGAAAGUAGGGGCGAUCUGUAAUUUUUUUGUAAAAGAUCUGAAAUUAUUUAAAAAUGUGGAUUUUUUGUGAAUAGUUGGUGAUAGAGAUUACAGUAAUUCGAAGAAGCAUUACAUGGUUUUGGUGCAACUCGAAAUCUCAAGAAUGUUGGUUUUGUAAUGGACUUUGGUGUCUUCUAUGAGAAAUAGUUCAUUAUGUAAUUAACUAAACAUGUAGUUUAGUUUUUGUGUGUAGCUAUAGAAAUGAGUAUUAGAAUAUCUAAGAUCUGACACACACCCAAAUCAAAAUAAAAGAUUUUCAAUUUUCUUGUCAAGCAAAAUGACAGAAAUAUUCUUUGUAUUAAAAAGGAUUGUUCCUUACAGAUAUGGGACCAUAUAAUCAGAGACUCAAUGAGAAUGUAGGGCAUCAUAGCAUAUGUGGGAGAAAUAUCAGCGGAUAUGUCACAGGAUUUCAUUCACAAGUCCAUGCUUUUGUACUGUUUAUCCAGAAUUAAGUAAAGAGUGUAUUUCCCUUACUUUUUGAUUAAUGCAAACAAUUAUUACAAUCAAUUCUGACUUGAUUCUGUGUUUUGUAUUACAUUUGCAUAAAGGUGAAUUCAUUGCAAAUGCAGAUUAAUCUGUAUUUUACACGUUAAAACUUAACACACUGUCAUGUUUUGGUGUGGUAAGUCAUCUAAACUUUUCAAGAAAGAAAUCAAAGUAAUUUUAAGAUUAUACUCGGCCUGUGUACACAACCAUAAUUAGAUAACGGUUUUGAGUGAUAUGAAACAGUUGUUUCAAGAUUAUCAAGAUGUCCAAAGGACAUAGCUGACUUGUUUGGUUCAUCAAAGUGUUUAAGUCAGUAACUAAUGCACAGAAGACUCCUAUAUAUAUUUGCAUAUUGCAUAGUUGCAUAUUGACUUGUUAGGAGCUGCGAACAAGUGCUUGUUAUUUAUAUACUCUAUGGGCAGCUUCAUAGAACAUGUAUCUAAAUGCUUGAAGCUUAAAUGUUGACAUUUCUUAAUACUCAGAUUGAUGAAUCAAUUGUAUAUGUAUUAUGAAUGAACUCCCUUCAGAAUACAUUAUGUUUCUGUGGCAGAUACUCUAAGUCAUGUUUUCCCCUCACCUCUGGUUGUGGGAAACUAAAUAGGGAUAUAAUAAUCUAUAUUUAAAAACAUGCUUUAAAUACUUAUCUCAUUGAUUUCAUUUACUUUCAAAAAGUAUUUGAAGUUACUGUCCAUUAUCAGAAUUUAAUUAUGCAGUAAGAUAAUUUGUACACUUUAUUUAUUGCAUACUUAAUCAGAAAUAUUCUAGGAGAAGAAAACAUAGUCUGUGUAAUCGUGUAUGUUUUCUUAUUCACUAGAUCAGAUAAACAUGGUAUUAUCCGGUAAGCAAGAGAACAUGAAUAUACUCUCCGUAUACUUUUUUAGUCAUGAACUUGAUGUACAAUAUAUCCUAUCUGGGGAGGAGACUGUGUUUGUCAUGCAUGUCAAAGGUGUGAAUGUUAUGUUUGCAAUAGACGUUGUUGUGAAUGACAUUUGGGAGUAAAUGUGCUGUAGCCAUGCUCUUUUGUAUGAAAUGUACAGUUGUAUAUUGUUAGCAUUGUCUUGUCCACAGUAACAUGUUACAUGUGCAUAAUAAACUUUUGUGGAGAAAA